UUGCGGAAGUGGUCGGAAGUAUUUCUGCGUUGCAGCGGAAGCGCGUCCUGUCCUCUGUGAGGUCAGCAUGUUGUGUCUGAGUGUGCUGCGCAGGUGGAAACCUGUGCUCUGCCGCUAUGGAAACACAGGUGUGCGGAGCUUCGCGGCCGCCGCAGGUGACGCCGGACGGACGGAGGAGGACGCGCUGGUGAGCAUGGAGAACCCGUACCGAGAGCCCCAGAAAGGCUGCGCACUCUGUGACGUCACAGUGGACUUUAAAAACAUCCAGCUGCUCUCUCAGUUCAUCUCACCGCACACGGGCAGGAUUUACGGACGCCACAUCACAGGUUUAUGUGGACCAAAGCAGAAACAAGUGUCGAAGGCGAUAAAGAGGGCUCAGUCCAUGGGUUUCAUGUCGGUGACACACAAACAUCCAGAGUUCAUGAAGGACCCCAACAUCUGUGGAGUCAGACAUCCGGAUUAGUGUCAAACUGUGUGUGUGUGUGUGUGUGUGUGUGUGUGUUAAGGUUGCUGAAGGCAUUUUGACGCCUGAGAAACGCUUCGGUGUUUAAUCCCAAACAGGACAGCUGAUCACAAACCGAGGAGGACUUCCUGUCAGAGGUCGUAACAGGAAACGCCUCCGGACGGUUUCUUCCCAGUGUGAAAGAGUUUAAAGACAUUUCAUCAAAUUUACAGCUGUUUUUAAUCUGUUUUAAACAGCUGUAACGUCCCUUCAAUCAAACUGAAGCAGAAGAUCUGUAAAAUAUUAAAGACCA